AUGUCUUCUUCAUCUAAUCCAGUUACUCCUCAAAAUUCAACUCAAUUUCCUAAUACAUCUGAUCCAAUGUAUCUACAUCCAUCAGAUCAUCCCGGUAUGCUACUUGUUUCUAACAAAUUUGAUGGAUCGAAUUUCAAUUCAUGGAAGAAAGGCAUGAUGAUUGCAUUAUCAGCUAAGAACAAGAUCGGCUUCGUCAAUGGUAAAGUUCUCAAGCCAGCUUCAAAUCACAAUUCUUUCGAUAAUUGGCAAAGAUGCAAUGAUAUGGUAACUUCUUGGAUACUUAAUGUCUUAUCAAAUGAUAUUGCCGAAUCUGUUCUCUAUUCAUCUUCUGCCAAAGCAAUUUGGGAUGAUUUAGAUGACAGAUUUGGACAAUCAAAUGGAGCAAAGUUAUAUCAUCUCCAAAAGGAGAUUUCUGAUUUGAAUCAAGGAUCUGAUGACCUAGGUACUUAUUUCACCAAGUUAAAGAAACAAUGGGAUGAACUAAAUGCUCUAUCUGUUAUUCCUGAGUGUACUUAUGGAGCAGCACACAAAAUUCAGGAAGAACAACAUAAUCAAAGGUUGAUGAAGUUUCUUAUGGGACUUAACAGUGAUUAUAGUCAUGUAAGAGGAAGUAUUCUCUUAAUGAAACCUCUCCCAUCUGUCACUCAAGCAUAUGCUCUUUUGAUUCAAGACGAGAAACAAAGAGAAGUCCAUUCUUCUACUUUUCAGUUUAUGUCUGAUUUAGCCUCCAUGAAUGUUAAGUCUAGUGGAGGGCAUUUUCGGAAUAAUCAAGAAAUCAAUCAAUUCAAGGGCGAUUAUGAAGCAAAGAAGAACAUCACUUGUAAUUUUUGCAAGAAACCUGGCCAUUCUGCCAACAAAUGCUACAGGUUAAUUGGCUUUCCUAAAGAUUUCAAGUUUACAAAGGGGACAAGAAUUGUUGCUGCAAAUGCCUCUAGUUUUCAAUCAACAAAUGGUGAAGGGACAACUCAACAAGCCAAUCAUGUUCAUUCUACAAACAUUCAAUCACUACCACAACUUUCAAAUGAACAAAUUCAACAAUAUCAUUAG